AUGGACGCCUCCUCCCUCCGCAUCUCCAAGUUCGAUGGAACUAACUUCCACGCCUGGAAGUUCAAGAUGCAGAUGGUGCUGGAGGAACGGGACCUAUGGGAGGUCGUCAGCGGUGAGAUCAAGGCGGAACAGUGCGAGACUCAGUUGGACCAAGCGACGUACAAGAGGAAGUCAAGAAAGGCGAUGGCAGUGAUCUGUCUAGCCAUGGAAGAUUCCCAGCUACCGUUGGUCCGGUCGGCAAGUGGUGCAUGCGACGCAUGGUCAAGGUUGGAAGACCACUUCGAGAAGAAGAGUCUUGCCAACAAGCUGUUCUUGCGCCGUCGCUUCUUCACGACAAUGAUGGAAGAAGGCGACGAUGUGCUCGAACACAUCAACAAGCUCAAGACGCUGGCGGAACAGCUAGAAGCGGUGGGGGCUCCAGUCUGCGAGGACGAUCUGGUGAUCACACUCCUCGGCAGCCUGAGUGACUCGUAUCAAUUCUUGAUCACAGCUUUGGAGUCGCGCUCAGACACUCUUAGCUGGGAGCUCGUGACGUCUCGACUGCUUCAUGAAGAAAUGAAGCGGAAGGAGCAAGGAAGUAAAGGUGAUGAAGCUUCGCAAGGUCAAGCGUUCAUCACAAGGGACAAUCAGCGCAAAGGGCGACCAGUGAAGAAGUCCUGGCCGUGCCACAAUUGCGGAAAGAUUGGUCACUGGAUGGCGGAGUGCCCCUCGCGCAUCCAAGAAAACACGGAGAGACACCGGCCACAGCGUGCUCAAGACAGCGGCGACCGCUAUCGAUCACAACGUGCAAACGUCGCUCAAGAAGAAGACUCGGGCGACUACCUCUUUUCGAUCGGUGAAACGACAUCUGCGAAAUCGAGCGACAUCUGGCUGGUCGACUCCGGGGCGACGCAGCACAUGACGUGCUCCAAGAAGUUCAUGCGGAACUACAAGGGGUUUGACGCUGUGGAUGUCCAUCUCGCGGAUGAUGGAAUCGUCCAAGCAAUCGGCAGUGGGGACAUUGUCAUGUCGAUGAAGACACCCCAAGGGAUGAAGAAAGGUGUGCUCACAAACGUGUGGCACAUCCCAAAGUUAUCCAGAAACCUGUUCUCGGUCGGCCGCUUCACCAAGGAUGUCGGCCCAGUGACGUUCACGAAGGAUGGGUGCUAUGGAGAAGCGAAAGGGACCAAGUGGAAAAUUGGUGCCCGUGAAGGUAAAGGACUGUUCAAGCUGCAAAUGACUCCAGUGGCGCCGGAACAAGCAAAUGCAGCCAAGUCGUCGGGAUGUCAAGGGGGCACCAAGUCGUACCUCUGGCACCUUCGGCUUGGCCACAUAGGUCACGAUGGACUCAAUUGCAUCGUGACGAAGAACAUUGGAAUUGGCAUCGACAUAUCUUCGGUGAAGAAGUGGGACGUGUGUGAAGGUUGUGCUCUGGGAAAACAGACUCGAGUGCGCUUCCAAUCAAACACUACAGCUCGCACCUCCAAACUCCUCGAAGUGAUUCACAGCGACGUAUGCGGACCGAUGUCGAUGGCAACUUUCAGUGGAAAACGGUACUUCGUGACAUUCAUUGAUGACAAGUCAAGAUACUGUGUCGUCUAUCUGCUCAAGAGCAAAUCUGAAGUUGCGGCGAAGUUCAUGGAAUACGCUGCGAUGGCCGAAACGCAAACCGGAAAGCGCGUGAAGUACCUUCAAAGCGACAAUGGGGGUGAAUACAAGUCCGACAAGCUGGCACGAUUCUGCGCGGAACGGGGAAUACAACAAAGGUUCACACCCCCAUAUACUCCUCAGCUAAACGGAGUAGCUGAGAGAAUGAAUCGCACGCUGGUCGAGUGUGCGCGUUGCAUGAUGGAACACGCUGGACUGGGAAAGAGCUACUGGGGUGAAGCAGUGAUGACGGCGAUGUUUCUUCGAAACCGCUGUCCAACACGUGCCAUUCACCAAGACAAGUCUCCAUAUCAAGUGUGGACGAUGAAGAAACCGAUUCUGGCCAACCUUAAAGUGUUUGGAUGCCACGCGUAUGUUCAAGUGCCUCAAGACAAACGCGCGAAGUUCGACUCCAAGUCAUCACUCUGUCGUUUCCUGGGAUACGCCGAACACCAGAAGUCAUAUCGAUUUGAGGAAGUGUCAACAGGAGCGAUCAAGAUCAGUCGCGAUGCCACAUUCAUGGAAGACAAGUUUGAUGAAGGUCCGCGCUGUUGA